AUUGGACCGCGCCGCGUCUAAUAUUAAAUUUUAAUAAAUUGUUUUCUUAAUCAAUUCGUCUGCCUAUUCAGUUGCCAUUUCUGUUAAAAAUCUAAUGUCAACCGUUCUUCUCGCUCCACUAUCCAUUGAUUCACUCACUCACCCGCUUCACCGACACAAACACUCUUCUUAAAACCAUAUCAGUCAAACAAAUUGAAGUAAUGGAAUCGAACAGACGAAGAAGAUUAUCAAGAACAAGACAAAAAUCCGAUCUGAUUACACUUCUCAGAAAAUCAUGGUACCAUUUGAGAUUAUCCGUAAGGCAUCCCUCUCGAGUACCCACUUGGGACGCAAUUGUGCUCACUGCCGCCAGUCCCGAGCAAGCUCAGCUAUAUCAAUGGCAGCUCGAUCGCACCAAACGUACGGGCCGAAUUGCUAACUCGACUGUUACUCUCGCUGUCCCUGACCCUAAUGGCCAGCGGAUCGGAUCUGGUGCUGCCACUCUCAAUGCCAUUUUUGCCCUCGCUCAACAUUAUCAACUCCAUAUUGACCCAGAGCCAGAGGUGGCGGAAGCAGCUAAUGGAAGUUGUAAAAAUGGAGAUUCUGUUACUUUGAGAAUGGUUAGGUAUGUGGCUAAAAAGCAUAUACUUUUGCUACAUGCUGGAGGUGACUCUAAAAGAGUUCCAUGGGCUAAUCCUAUGGGAAAAGUUUUUCUACCAUUACCUUAUUUGGCUGCAGAUGACCCCGAUGGCCCGGUUCCGCUGCUUUUCGAUCAUAUACUUGCAAUUGCUUCGUGUGCCAGACAGGCUUUUAAGAACGAUGGUGGGAUAUUGACGAUGACUGGCGAUGUUCUUCCGUGUUUUGAUGCAUCCGCGUUGGUUAUUCCGGAAGAUGCAUCUUGCAUCAUUACUGUGCCGAUCACCCUUGACAUUGCUUCUAAUCAUGGGGUUGUUGUGGCAUCAAAGAAUGGGGUUGAAGCUGAUAGUCAUACUGUCAGUUUAGUUGACAAUCUUCUGCAGAAACCUAGUGUAGAGGAACUUGUUAAGACUCGAGCUUUAUUGGAUGAUGGAAGAACAUUGCUAGACACAGGAAUAAUAGCAGCCAAAGGCAAAGCUUGGGAAGAGCUUGUCAUGCUUUCAUGCUCCUGCCAACCAAUGAUUAGAGAGCUUCUGGAGAACAGAAAAGAGAUGAGUUUAUAUGAAGAUUUGGUAGCAGCUUGGGUACCAGCAAAACAUGAAUGGCUGCAACUGCGACCCAUGGGCAAAGAACUGGUCGGAAGUUUGGGCAGACAAAAAAUGUUUAGCUACUGCGCAUAUGAUUUGUUAUUCCUGCACUUUGGAACCUCAAGUGAAGUUUUGGAUCACUUAAGUAGUGCUAGCUCAGAACUGGUAGGCCGAAGACAUUUAUGUUCAAUUCCAGCCACGACCGCAUCUGAUAUUGCAACAUCAGCUGUAGUUCUUUCUAGCAAAAUUGAACCUGGCGUGUCAGUUGGGGAAGAUUCUCUUAUAUAUGAUUCAUCCAUAUCUGGUGGAAUUCAAAUUGGUUCCCAAUCCGUAGUUGUUGGUGUUAAUGUUCCAGGGGACUUGACUGAUAUGGCAGAAACGUCGUUUAGAUUCAUGCUCCCAGAUCGUAAUUGUCUUUGGGAGGUUCCCUUAGUGGAAUGUGCGGAAAGAGUCCUAGUUUAUUGUGGCCUCCAUGAUAAUCCGAAGAUUUCCCUUUUUAGGGAUGGGACAUUCUGCGGGAAACCUUGGAAGAAAGUCUUGCAUGAUUUGGACAUGGAAGAGAGUGACGUAUGGAGCUCAGUAGGUUCUCAGGAAAACUGCUUAUGGAAUGCAAAAAUAUUCCCAGUUCUUUCUUAUGUUGAGAUGCUUAGUUUGGCCUCAUGGUUGAUGGGUUUGAAUGACUCAAAAUCUAAAAUUUUGCUUUCUUUGUGGAAAAAUUCACGCCGUGUCAGUUUGGAAGAGUUGCACAGAUCAAUUGACUUUUCAAAAAUGUGUACAGGCUCAAGUAAUCAUCAAGCUGAUCUUGCAGCUGGAAUUGCGAAAGCUUGCAUUAGUUAUGGUACGCUUGGGCGAAACUUAUCGCAAUUGUGUCAAGACAUUCUACAGAAGGAAGCUUCAGGAUUGGAAAUUUGUAAGAACUUCCUAGACCUAUGUCCCGAACUUCAGGAGCAGAAUUCUAAAUUUCUUCCUAAAAGUCGGGCAUAUCAGGUGCAAGUUGAUCUCCUUCGAGCAUGCAGUGAUGAAAAAUCCGCGUGCCAAUUGGAGCAUAAAGUUUGGGCUGCAGUUGCUGAUGAAACUGCUUCAGCAGUGAGAUACGAUUUUAAAGAACAUCUUUUGGAGUCUCCAAGCAAUGUGAAUUCUGCUGCACAUCAUAACAAUCAUAUCGAUGGCUAUGUCAGUCAAAGAUUUUGUGCUAGAACGGUAAAGGUUGAAUUACCAGUUCGUGUAGAUUUCGUUGGUGGGUGGAGUGACACACCUCCAUGGAGCUUAGAACGUGCUGGUUGUGUUCUGAAUAUGGCAAUAAGUCUGGAAAGCUGUCUUCCAAUUGGCACAAUAAUUGAGACAACAGAAAAGCCUGGAGUAUUGAUUGAUGAUGACGUUGGAAACCAUUUAUACAUAGAGAAUCUUAACUCUAUUGCACCUCCAUUUGACAGCGAUGAUCCAUUCCGUCUCGUCAAAUCUGCACUGCUUGUGACUGGCAUUAUUCAUGAAAACAUUCUUGGAACUACGGGCUUGCAAAUCAGGACAUGGGCAAAUGUACCUCGUGGUAGUGGCCUUGGGACUUCUAGCAUCUUAGCUGCUGCUGUUGUGAAAGGACUUCUUCAGAUAGCUAAUAAAGAUGAAAGUAACGAAAAUGUUGCUAGACUGGUUUUAGUUUUGGAACAACUGAUGGGUACAGGAGGCGGAUGGCAAGAUCAAAUUGGAGGUUUGUACCCUGGUAUUAAAUUUACUACAAGUUUCCCUGGAAUACCGAUGCGGCUCCAAGUCAUCCCCUUAUUGGCUACUCCUCAGCUGAUUUCAGAAUUGCAGCAGAGAUUGCUUGUGGUCUUUACUGGUCAAGUUCGACUUGCACAUCAAGUUUUGCAAAAGGUAGUCAUCCGAUACCUGAGGCGCGACAACAUUCUCGUAUCCAGCGUCAAGCGCCUUGCGGAACUAGCAAAAAUCGGCAGGGAAUCUCUAAUGAACUGUGCUGUAGACGAGUUAGGGGAGAUAAUGCUGGAAGCUUGGAGAUUACAUCAAGAACUCGACCCCUAUUGCAGCAAUGAAUUAGUCGAUAGGCUGUUUGCAUUUGCCGACCCAUACUGCUGUGGCUACAAGCUGGUGGGAGCCGGUGGCGGAGGCUUUGCCCUGUUACUGUCAAAGGAUGCUAAUUCCGGAAAGGAACUGAAACAUAAGCUAGAAGAGAAGUCAAGUUUCAACGUCAAAGUGUACAAUUGGAGCAUCUACAAUUAGAAAUGUAAAAUUUAUCAUAUUAUUCUUUGCUACCACUACAGGAUUAUGAGGUAUUAUACGGUGUAAUCUAGGGUUAACCAUAUUUAUUUUUUCUACUAUGUAUUAUUGAUUAUACCACAAUGUAAUAAAAUUCAGCAGUAAAAGUAGGUAAUUUUGUUCA